AUGAGAAUUUUAAUAUUACUUUUAUCUUUUAUUUAUAUUGUAAACUCUACAAAUACAAGUGUCCCAUUAACUCAAUGCAUGUCUGGAAAAGUUAUUGGUACAGAACCAUUAACAGUUUAUGGAUCAUGUGGAUAUGGAUCAUAUAAUGGGGAGACAACUCCAGGGACAAUGACUGCAACAUUGAAUCAAAUCUUUUAUGCUUCUGCAAGAUGUGGAGAUUGUUUUGAAAUUACUGGACCAAAGGGAUCGACUGUUGUAAGAGCUGUCAAUUUCUGUGGUGGCAAUGAAUGUUCAAAUGACCGUCCCUACUUUAUGACUACACCCAAUGCCUUUUCCGAGAUUUCCGAUGAACCAUUGUCGACCAUUUACGACGCUGGUUUUAGACGUGUAUCGUGUCCAACCGAGGGUCCACUAAAGGUUCGUUUCCAAAACGAUACCUCUGAAUACUAUGUCAAUGUCUUGCUUUUUAACAACAAUGUCGGUAUCUCAUCGGUCAGCAUAAAAGGUGCCAAUAUGCCAAAUGCUGCUGAAAUGAACCGUCAAAACAACUCUGCCACCUUUUCAUGGAGUCAAGCUGGCUUCAAGAUCCAAUUCCCAGCCACUGUCACUGCCACUUCAUUGUAUGGUGAUAAGGUAUCUGUCGUAUUGAAAUCAUCUGACCGUCUCAAGGUGUACGAGUUUGGUAAAAACUUUGCUGUCCCUCAAAAGGUUGUUGGAUCACCUGCCACUUGUCUACUUGCCAAGACCCCAACCUGUAUCUACAACGACUCGUUUUCCCAAGGUUAUGAUACCUGGAGUUCAUACUCUUACAAGGAUCUCAAUGUCUCUGAUACCACCGUCACUUACAACAAGUCCAAAGCAUCUCUACACAUUAAUUUGAUUGGUGCAGGUUCCUAUCUCUCUAUUACCCGUGCCGGACAAUUCCAAACUGAUUAUUUCAAGGGUAUCAAGUUUGCAAUCCGUGCCAGCAGAGUAUGGAAUGGAUUCAAUGUAUUCUUUGGACAACAACAAGAAUCGUGUUGGAAGCCAUCGACCAACAUCACUACUGAAUGGUCAGAACAUACAGUCCUCUUUAGCGACAUGAAACACCAACACAUUGAAAAGGCUAUCAAUUUUGGAAACAAGAAUGAAAAUGAUGUAAUCAUGUGGUUGGAUGAUAUUAGUUUUAUCACCUCUCCAAAUGCUCCAAACAUCACUGCUGGUGCUUCAGCUGGAUCCGAAGGAUUAAAUCCAAUGACCAAUCAAACUACCACUACCAUGCAAAUGACUGGUACUCCAUAUGCUCCAAGUGAAGAUCCAACCGUUCAUGGUUCUCACAGUGGUGACGAAAUGAAUCAUGAAUCUUCUGCCAUUAAAUCAAAUUCAACAAAUAUCUCAAUUAUCUUUGUUUUAUUAUUUGUAGUAUUAUCAAUGUUUUAA